AUGGGGACUUACGAUAACAUCACCGAGCCGCGGACGGUAGCUGCCAAACGUCGACCCACGGUUUCGCCGCUCCGAGCUCUCCCCGCCUGCCCCGCGCCUACAAUCGUCACAAUGGUCGAGCACGAGCCUGAGCCGAAGCGCUUUUCUCCUAAGAUCCCUGUCCAGCUCGAUCCCCCGAAAUAUGAUCCCAUAACCGUUGAAGAGCUGUCCAAAUGUGAUGGUACCGAUCCUAACCGUCCCACCUUGGUUGCGAUUAAGGGAAUCGUUUUCGAUGUGACUAGGAACCAGGCAUACAGUCCUAGUGGGCAGUACCACGUCUUUGCUGGAAAGGAUCCCUCCCGCGCCCUUGCCUCUUCGUCGCUCAAAGCCGAGGAUUGCAAACCCGAUUGGUAUGAUUUGGAGGACAAGGAGAAGACAGUCCUGGAUGAAUGGUUCACAUUUUUCAGCAAACGCUACAACAUUGUGGGAAAGGUGAAGGAUGCUACGAACUACUAA